AUGGACCCAGCCGCCCCGCUCGACCCGAAACUGCUCAUAACCGACAUCCUCCGCACCCGAUACUGUAUCCCCGGCUCGGUCUUUCUGGUGGAAGCCAUUGACCGGCGCGUGCCCAUCCCCCCUGAGGCCCUUGACAAAGAUGGUGGUGAUAAUGAUGCUAGUGAUAGUGGAAGACGGAGGAGAAGGAGGAGGAGAACCGGCCUGCGCGCCAUGCGCCUCCUGCUCGGCGACGGCGAGCUGUGUAUCCAGGCCCUGGUCAGGCCUGAGAUGUACCCUUUUAUUGAUCGGGGGGUGGUGUAUGAAGGGUGUUAUGUGCGGGUUGAUAAAUUUGAGUUGAGGUGGGGGAAGGAUAAGCGGGAAGGGGGGAUGGCGUAUUUGGUUGUGUGGGACUUGGUUACGGUUGGGUGGAAUGAGGAGUAUCUUCAGAUUCUCAAAAGGGAGGAGGGUGAGGGUGAUGGUAAAGGGAAUGAGGUUAUGUGGGACGAAAAGGGAGGAGAGGAGUUGGAGAAUAUCCCACAACAGAUGGAGGAUGAACUGGUGGAAGAUGAACCCCCUGAGGAAGUUACAGCGUCACCGUCUGAUGAGAAGGUCGUGGAUCCAGCAGGCCAUGAUCCUGAAUUACCGGAUCAAGAGCCGAAGCUUGAUGAGGAUGUCGGCGAGGAUGACUACAUAACCGACUCUGACGACGCUUUUGAAACCCUCAAGAUAUCUACAGAGAGGGCAGACGAGCGUCGAGUUACCCUGAGCGCUUUAGACACCCCACAAAGACCACAAGAACCGGCUGUCCAACAGAACCAGAUCCACGACAAAUCCAUCCCAUGGCGGCCGAACGACCCAACGCAAGCCCUUAGACUCACUCAACUGCGCGCCAUCCCCAACCUCCCUUACAAGCAGAACUGGAUGGUCAACGUUCUCGCAGUUGUUGUCUCCCUCUCAGAGGUGCAACCAUCUCACAUCGUGCCAUACAGGCAGCGCACGGCACGGCUAGCUGACAUGAGCACCACCAAGCACGUCCAACUCUCGACAUUCCUGGACCCUGAAGGAUUCACGCCCGCCAUAGGCAGCGUUGUAUUGCUCCUGGGCGUCAAGAACCACCUGUCAGAGGGCGGGUCGUUGAGGAAAUACGUGAGCGAUCGACCAAAGAGUGGGAGAAGUUGGUGGGUACAGCAUCCAGAGACGCUUGGCUGGUGCAAGGAGGAGGUGGUCAGGCUGCGGGAGUGGUGGCAGGGCAGAACAGAGGGAGAGGGGUGA